ACACGGAGCUCCACCCCUUUCGCGUCUGCUCGUAGCUCGCCGGCUGGCCGGCGUGUAGCUGUCAGCUGCCGCCGAGCUCGGGCUGCUGCCGCCCGCCUGUCUUCCCCCACCGGCCCUGAGGAGAGACUGAGGGCGGCCAUGAAGAUCUGGAGCUCAGAGCACGUGUUCGGACACCCUUGGGAUACCGUGAUCAAAGCUGCUAUGAGAAAGUAUCCCAACCCUAUGAAUCCGUGUGUGGUAGGAGUAGAUGUCCUCGACAGAAGCCUGGAUAACCAGGGGAGGUUACAUAGUCACCGUCUUCUCAGCACAGAGUGGGGACUGCCAAGUAUUGUGAAAGCGAUUUUAGGAACAAGUAGAACUCUGACUUAUAUUGAGGAACAUUCUGUGGUAGAUCCAGUGGAAAAAAAGAUGGAGCUUUGUUCAACUAAUAUUACUCUCACAAACUUGGUGUCUGUUGAUGAGAGACUGGUCUACACACCUCAUCCUGAAAACCCUGAAAAAACUGUGCUAACUCAAGAAGCAAUUAUUACUGUUAAAGGCAUUAGCUUAAGCAGUUACUUGGAAAGCUUAAUGGCAAAUACAAUAUCUUCUAAUGCCAGAAAGGGUCGGGAUGCCCUGGAGUGGGUGAUCAGCAAACUAAACACAGAAUUGGAGGAGCUGAAGUCAACGCGCGAGGGCAUGAAACCAGCCAUGGCAGCAGCGUCAACAGAAAAAUAAACCCCAAAAUACCAAGUAACUGACAGAAAAGUUUUAUUCUGCAGAGUGCUUUGUAGAUCUCCCUUCCAAGGCUGAUCUGCAUAGGUUUUAUAUAUUUAUAAGAAUAUUGGAUCAACGGAAAAGUAACCUCAUCCGUCAACUCCACAGCAGCUCCUGUUGCCUACUGAAGAUUAAAUUGACCUCCUGCAGAUGCUCUUUUCAUUUAAACAAUUUAUUUUUAACACUGGAAACAAAACAUUAGCACAUUUAAAACCACCUAAAUGUGCCUUUUAUAACAAAGAUAGAGAGUAUGUUAUAUUUACAGCAUCUCAUUUUUUCAUACUCAAACUUGAAAAGAAGGCACGGGUGGUAUUAUUAAGGGUUUUCCAUGUGAACUUUUGUUCUGUGAAGGGCUGAUGGGUACUAAAGCACUGAAUUUUGUCUGUUUUGUAAUCUGAUAGUGUUUUACAACCAUUUAAAGGGAACUACAUGAGUCAGAACAUGAUACUGUAGAAUUAGAAAUCUAUCUAGAGGAUCAUACCGAAAAGCUAAAACUUGUGUGGUACUAACUUUUCCUAUGUUGUUUAAAUGUGCUGCUUGGAUAUGACACACAGAUACUUUACCUCUUAGAUGUUUGUACUGAAACAAAGAUAACGUUUCUAUUGAUGUUAAUAGCCUAAAAUACAUUUUUGUGGGGAGAAGGGUAUAAUUUAUUUUCAUAUUUAUUAACUUGCCCUAGUUCCUCCCCUCCCUAUGAGGAGAGGAGUAGUAAUUCCUGGAAGGUGCUGGAAAAUACUUCUCUUAUUUAUCUCUAAGAAGGGUACUUGUAGGCUACUUGAAUGACGAGACUGUGCUGUUCUGCUGGUCCUUGCUCUUCACAUCAUGUCUUAACUGAGGGAGAGAGUGAUGCGACAACUGGAAGAGUUGAAAUGAGAAAAAAGCAGGAAAUUUGAAAUCCAAAGGGUAAGGUUUGGUGAACAUAUAUUUUUCAUGCCCUGAAUGGAGAAAACAAAAGUGCAUGAAAAACAAAUGGACUCACAUUUUUAAGUGCUUUCUACUGACUACCAGUGUAACUGAAUUUUUUCAACACUUUUCCACAUUGGUACAAAAUGGUUUUAGGAUCAUUUUAAAUACUUCUUGUUAUCUGGAAAAAUACUCCAGUAACUGCAGAAAUAGCUUCCUAUGAAAGAUGCGCAAAUAUCUAUUAGUAACAGUACUAGCCUUGUCUGAUGUUCACAAAAUUUUCGUAUUUGGUCCAGGUGUAGUACAUGUUUCUUAGCCAGCCAUCUGUUAGGGCUUUUUAACUUAUUUUCUGGUGUGCACAGAAAGUGAAAUAAAUGUUGCAAGUAUGUUUACUCGUUCAAGUGGCAAGCUUGUGUUUAGGAAGCUGUUAAAGAGCAUGAGCAACUUCUAAAAAUACUAGAAGAGUAAAAUGUUGGUCACUGUUUUGAUCUGGUAAUUUUAAAGUGUCUGUAGCUUAAGGGAAAUUUCAGCGUUCGUAUUCUGUUUAGUUUGAAAGCAAACAUUAAUUUGGGUGUAACCAUAGUCUAGCUAAAUUACAUGAUCCUAAUGAAUAAACUUAAUUUAAAAAAAAAAAUUAGUUGAAAGCAAUUAAAUGAGUAGCUAAUAUUUACAUUGCUCUUUUUAAAUGGACCUAAAGUUUUUCUUGUUUUGGAACAGAAACUUAGAUCUUAAAGUCUGAUAGUAGCUCCCUUCUGAAAGAUACGCUGGAUAGCUUUGAUACAGGUCAGUUGUGCUUCUCAGAGGAGUGAUGCUGCUUCCUGGAUACAGAAUGCAGAAGAUGUUCUAGCUCCUGGUGGCGUUCUGCUGGGAAGGGAAGUACAGCUAAACAAAAGGAAAAGAUGAGUAAGUGUGUGUGCAUGUGGAAACCUGUAGUAUGGCAUUUCAACACAUGCGACUGGAGAUGAUGAUAACAUAACUGUUGAGGUGGGAAGGGAGAAAAGCCUUUGGAGAAGUUCAUGUAUUACUUCGGUUUGGAAGAAGAAUUGUCUAAAUCUGCUUCUUGCAUCAGAUUUGAAAUAAUUGCUUAAUGUUGUCUUAAAGCCAACUGACUUGUGUAUAGCACCUUCCAGCACUAGCUGGUGUCCCAGAAAAUUCACCACAGGCUCCUAUAUUGUGUCCAGGGCCAAUCUCUGCCACACCAUACCAGUUAUGCAUCAGUUUUCUGGCUUACUUUGGACUUUCUUUCCUUCUUCCAUAAACAAAUCCUUGCCUGCUUGCAUGGCAGUAUUUCCUUUCUGUUUUGUUCCCCACUGGUUUUGGCCUGCUUCCUCUCCACGUUUCAUGCUACUUGGGAACCAUAUGGCUAGGUGUUUGGUUUUCCAAUCUGUCUGCUGCUCCGCUCGCCAUGGAUCAGCACCUUGCCUGCUUGUGCUCAGUCCUGUUCUGCUUUUUUCCAGACUAAAUGGGAGUAUGGAAGCUCUGGGUAGGAAAAAGACUAGUUUUGCCAUAGGCCAGUUCCGUCACCCAGCUGCCUCUCUUUGCUGCUGGACAGUGCUGCUGCUUCUCGCCUUGUCUUUGGGGUAGGGGACACUCCUGCUUCUCUGGGCUUAUUCAUCUUCCUGUGGUUGCUGAUCUUGCCAGUGUGUGCAAAGAACCCUGCAGGCAGUGGUCAUCACAUUGGGACCAGGCAGGCUCCAGUGUUCAGCAGAUGAAGUGAUUCUUGAUUUCCCAUAAGCUCUCCUGGACACUGUCGCUCUUCUGCUUUCUGCUCGUCUAGUUUGCAUAUGGGGCUCCUUCUUCUCCCUUGACCAUUGGACUGUUCUCUGUGGGAUCUGACAGGAUCUGUAGCUGUAUGGUCAGCCCUACUGUGCGUACACUGUUUUUGAAGCACUCAAUUUCUCACUGCAGUUCUGUCAUUGUGAUAGUCUGAGGGGACUCUUGGGGCAAAAAAACCCCAAAAACCUAACAACCCCACCCUUUGGAAUUGCUUAUAUUGGCCAUGUACCCCAGUCCUUCCCUAGGGAAACUCCCCUGUCUUUCUUUACUGGAAAUGGCUAAAAAUUAUUUCGGAAGUCAGUUUUGUCAUGUGCAUUGACUGAGGUGUCUGUCAAAGACAGAAAGCUGUAUGUGAUGGGAAGUGCUAGGCUGAUUGCGGGGUGGUGGCUUUUUGGAUUGGUGCAGAAACGUCUGGGUAAAUAGGAGGAAAAAAGUUUGUAAAGCAGAAAUGGCAUUAAGUCACCAGCCGUUAACUUGGAAGGAUCUUGAAACACUGGGGGCCAAGCAGAAGAAAACUCUUAAUAGUAGCAAGUGCCAUUUUGAAUAAGAAUUCUGCAGUUUGAGAGUUGAAAAUAGAAUUAAAGUACAAUUUUGUGUGUUGGGGGAUGGAGGUUGGUUGCUGCUGUUCAAGCCACUGAGGCUUGCAGUUCAGUGUUUCUUGGCCACUAGGUUGCAAUUCAAGGGAAAGGGAGCGGGGGGUGGGUGUGUGCAUGUGGGGAGAUGGUUUGAUUUUUUUUUUUUUUUUUUUUUAAGAAUUUAGUGCCAACAUAUCAGGUCUCCAGAUUGAUUAGAAGCCUGGCUGCCCCCAGCCCAAUGACUCCAGCUGUGUUGCACACACCUGCUGUGGAAGGUUGAAGCUGGGGAUAGAUGGUUCCCAGCUGUGGGGGAACAGCGAGGGAAGCCAGCAGCGCUGGUUCCCAGAGCAUGGCAAACUGAGCAUGUUAGCUCUUGGCCCUGGAGGAUUUUAAGAUGUUGAAGGUACCAAACUUGAGGUAAACUCUGGUUUGUGGUUGACAUCUGUUUUUCAUGCUAGUGCAGGCAGGCUCACAUUAGCAACAAACAGCAUUAACUUAAAACAGUGUAAUCAAAUGGGUUUGUGUGUAAUUGGUUUUGCGCAGACUACCUUUUUUCCUUUCUGACUGUCCCUUACACCAGUGUGAAUCCUCUGUGCCCUUCCAUACUUACUUCUUCCCCCCCCCCCCCCCCCCCAUCAGGUUAGCAGGCACGAUGGGGAACAGGUCAUAUUUGUUGGGAAAAUGGGCGUUUAGUGUAAGUUCCAGUAUUCUUGAAAGAUUUGCUUAACGCAAGUAAAAGCACUGAACUGCAGCAUUUCGCCUGUAUCAGGAAUUGAUGUGUAGCACAUAUCAGGCAUUGAUGUAUGUGAUGAUGUAAUAAAGAAGCAGUAGGAUGAACAGUGACAUUCCUUGAUGUGACACUUUUCAUUUAAAUCUUCAGGUGGAGCAGUGGGUAACACCUUUCCUGUUCUUGCAUCUUCCUAGAUUGUAAGCUGUGAAGGGCAGGACUCUGUAAAGUGUCUAUGUACACUAUGGUGCUAUCUUAAAUAAAUGACAUCCUCAGUUUAAAAAAAAAAA